AUGCCAAACCCCUUCGCGCGACCAAUGGAAUAUUUGCCCUCCAUGAAUCGCCAAGGAAUCACUGUCUGUGCUCAUGAUGUUAUCAACGAACUUUCGAGACUGGGCGUUCUCGAUCCAGGUAAUGAAGCUUUGUCAAAAGAUUUGUUUGGAGUGUACAAGAAUCUCGAAGAAUUCUACAAAUGGGUCUGCUCGCGUCCUAGGAUUGCUCCGCAGGAUGCCCCUCGUCCCCUCCAAUUGAUUACGAGGCAUUCCGAAAUUUUCACUCUUGCGCAUAAGCUCUGGGACAAUCUUGAAUUUGAAUUAGCACUAGAAAAAGACGGUGCCUUUGUUGAAGAAAUGAUGGAUCAUCUUGGGUGGUUUUGGAAUAUCAAAUCCAAUUUGCGCAACAAAAUUCACAGGAUACAAGGUAUGGCCAUGAACUGCAUUUUUUGGAAUUUACGAAAUUAUCGUACUAAAUUCAUCAUUACAGGCCUGCCUCUUAUCUCAAAAAUGGACACAUUGGCAGAAGCAGCAAGUUACGCCCUACGCUUUAACAAUAUCAGUCGUGGAAACGUCAUCGAACCCCCAUCGGUAAGACCGGUUGCAUCUGUUAAUCAUCUAAAGAGUCAAGUUGCGCCUGGGAGCAAAAAGAAUCCGAAAGAUUCAGGAGCCAUGUCUCCGGAAUCCAGAGUAAGAAAAGAAAAUCCCAGCAACAAUACCAUGCGAUCAAAUAGAGCACCUUCGCUCGCAAAUACGCAAAAGACGAACACUGGCCAUCUAAAAGUUCCUCAAUAUUCUCCAUCCGUUCAAGGACAACCUCAAGUUUCGAUGCGACGUUCCCCUUCAUCAUAUAGUACACAGCAGCUCAAUCCGCGCUCGACUAUAAAGCACCAGUCACCUAAUCUUCCUGAUGGGACACCACGCAACUUUGUUGAUCUGAUGGAUGUUGAUGUUGAUUACUAUAGUAGCGCGGAACAAACAAGUAUCCAUCCUGUUCCCACGGGCUUUAUCCUACCAACAACGCAGAAUAAAGGCGACAAAUAUCCCAAUAGAGUUGAAGGUUUUGCUGACGGAUCUAUGCGUCCUAUAUUGAGUAUGUCAGGCGUCGAGCCGGCUGUUGGCAAUGGUAGUGACCAUGCAAAUCACGGUGCCCCCCGGAAUUCUAGUAGAGAUUUGGCAGAUUCUCAUGGUGAGAGGAAAUCGAGUGAACCAAGAGAUAGUCCAUGCGAUAGUGGCUUCGGAGAUACUGCGGAAAGCUCAAAUGCAAAUAUGAAUACAAUAAUCGAAUCCUCUUCUCCGGAAUCAGAAAACACGACUAUGGAAGACUCUGGGACUCAAGAUCACAAAAAUCGUCCAACUUCUGCUGUUUUGUCUUCUGAAAAUAGUAAAGGCAAACCUUUGGAUCGACGAUCAGACGAGCAGGAGAGCAAAAACACGGGAGGAACAGAGCUGGAAAGACCUAAUUCUACCAGCAUCGACGAAGGCAUUAUUACAGACAAGAAUAUUAAAGGAGACAAAGCUAAUAACUCUACUUCUGCGAACGGAAGCCGACGCAAUAUCCAGGGGAGAUUAAUCAAUAGUACUGAUGAAGCCACGAUGAAAGGUGCUAUUUCUGUUACUAGCACUCACAACAAUAUCACUGAAAACAAUAUGGCAGACAUCAAGGCAAAAAGAUAUGCUUCUGUCGAUGGCAGCAAAGAAGAUAUCUCAGAAAAUCCAAAUAAGAAAGUAAAGACGAGUGCAAUUUAUACAGCUCCAUCCUCGGAAUAUUCUUCCCCUUAUAUGAGCUUAUCGAAUCAGAACCAACCAAGCACGACUGCUAAAUCCACAACUUCGGCUGCUGUUGAUGAGCAUGUAAGCGAAAAACAUGGCAGUAAAAAGCCUGUUAGCGAGGACUCCUCAUCUACUUCUCCAAAAUGA